AUGAGCGACUCCGACAGUGAUUUCGCUUUCGAUGACUCGCCGAAAAAGAAAAAGCCGGCAACCAAAAAACCAAAUGCGGGACAAAAAAGUACACCGGCGAAAAAGAAAAAAGAUGACGUUGCUGAUAUAAGUAUGUCAAUGACAGAAGAAGAUAGGAAUGUGUUCACAAAUAUCGACAACGUCAAAAAGACCGGAAAUAAGAAAAUGGCAAUUGAGGAUAUCUAUCAGAAGAAAUCCCAACUUGAGCAUAUUCUUCUUCGACCAGAUACUUACAUUGGCUCGGUUGAGUAUACUGAAAAGACGCCGAUGUGGGUGUUCAAUACGGAACAGAAAAAACUUGAACAACGAGAAAUUCGAUAUGUUCCAGGGUUGUACAAAAUUUUUGAUGAAAUCCUUGUAAAUGCCGCUGACAAUAAGCAAAGGGAUCCAAAGAUGAACACCAUCAAAGUCACCAUCGAUAAAGCUAAGAACACAAUUUCGGUAUAUAACAAUGGAAAGGGUAUCCCUGUUACCAUGCACAAAGUUGAAAAAAUGUACGUUCCUGAAAUGAUUUUCGGAACACUGCUGACUUCGUCUAACUACAACGAUGACGAGAAAAAAGUUACUGGUGGUCGAAACGGAUACGGAGCUAAAUUGUGUAACAUCUUCUCAACGAAGUUCACUUUGGAGACCUCUUCGAAAGAAUUUCAUCACGCGUUCAAACAAACAUGGAUUAACAAUAUGACGAAAGACAAAGAGCCCGAAAUUACGAAAAAUGUCGGAGAAGACUACACCAAAAUCACGUUUUGUCCAGAUUUGAAAAAAUUCAAAAUGCAAGAGCUUGACGAUGAUAUUUGCCAUCUAAUGGCGCGUCGUGCUUAUGAUAUUGCUGGUAGCACAAAAGGAGUCAAUGUGUUCCUUAACGGUGAAAAACUCCCCGUGAAAGGAUUUGAGGAGUAUGUUAAAAUGUACACCAGUCAAUUUACUGAUAAUGCCGGAGAACCAAUAAAAGUCGCUUAUGAGCAGGUUGGAGAUCGUUGGCAAGUUGCGCUUGCUCUUUCUGAAAAAGGCUUCCAACAAGUUUCAUUCGUAAACAGUAUUGCAACAACUAAGGGAGGAAGACAUGUAGAUUAUGUAGCGGAUCAAAUGGUUGCCAAGUUUAUUGAUUCAAUCAAGAAGAAGCUUUCGAAAACAUCCAUGAACAUCAAACCAUUCCAAAUCAAAAAUCAUAUGUGGGUGUUCGUGAAUUGUCUUAUCGAAAACCCAACGUUUGAUUCGCAAACGAAAGAGACUAUGACACUACAGCAUAAACAAUUUGGUUCGACGUGCAUUUUAAGUGAAAAGUUCUCUAAGGCUGCUCAAACUGUGGGAAUCACUGAUGCUGUUAUGUCUUGGGUUCGAUUCCGCCAAAUGGAGGACUUGAAUAAAAAAUGCAGCAAAACCAAAACGUCAAAGCUUAAGGGCAUUCCGAAACUCGAAGAUGCGAAUGACGCUGGUACCAAAAACUCACUUCAGUGCACCUUGAUCUUGACUGAGGGAGAUUCAGCCAAAACAUUGGCCGUUUCUGGACUCGCUGUUGUCGGUCGUGACAAGUUUGGAGUUUUCCCACUUCGUGGUAAACUUUUGAACGUUCGAGACGGAAAUAUGAAACAAGUUGCCGACAAUGCUGAAAUUACCGCAAUGAUAAAAAUUCUUGGUUUACAAUACAAGAAAAAAUAUGAAACCGAAGAUGACUUCAAGACUCUGCGAUAUGGAAAGGUUAUGGUGAUGGCUGAUCAGGAUCAGGACGGUUCACAUAUCAAAGGUCUCGUCAUAAACUUUGUGCACCACUUUUGGCCAUCGUUGAUCCAGCGAAAUUUCGUCGAAGAGUUUAUCACUCCUAUCGUGAAAGCCACGAAAGGAAAAGAGGAAAUCUCGUUCUUCUCAAUUCCUGAGUAUGCAGAAUGGAGAAACAAUACGGAGAAUUGGAAAACGUACAAGAUUAAAUACUACAAGGGAUUGGGUACAUCAACGUCGAAAGAAGCGAAAGAGUACUUCAGUGAUAUGCUUCGUCAUCGUAUUCGUUUCAAAUAUGGCGGCAACGAUGAUGAUAGCGCUGUCGAUAUGGCGUUUUCGAAGAAAAAGAUUGAAGAAAGAAAAGAUUGGCUGACAAAGUGGAUGCAGGAGCGAAAGUCUCGUAAAGAGCAAGGAUUAGCGGAAGAAUAUCUUUAUAAUAAGGAUACCCGUACUGUCACGUUCAAGGAUUUUGUGAACAAGGAACUUGUCCUUUUCUCGAAUCUCGACAAUGAGCGCUCGAUUCCUUGUUUAGUUGAUGGGUUCAAGCCAGGACAGCGAAAAGUGCUGUUUGCAUGUUUGAAACGUGCUGAUAAAAGAGAAGUCAAAGUGGCUCAGUUGGCUGGUGCUGUUGCUGAGCUAUCCGCAUAUCAUCACGGUGAACAGUCGCUUAUGGGUACGAUUGUUAAUUUGGCGCAGGAUUUUGUUGGAUCAAACAACAUCAAUUUGUUACUUCCAAUUGGACAAUUUGGUACUCGAUUGCAAGGAGGAAAGGACAGUGCGAGCGCUCGUUACAUUUUCACCCAAUUGAGUCCUGUAACUCGCGCAAUAUUCCCGAUGCAGGAUGACAACGUUCUCAAGUUCUUAUACGAAGAGAAUCAGCGAAUUGAGCCAGAAUGGUAUUGUCCAAUUAUUCCGAUGGUUCUUGUUAAUGGAGCUCAAGGAAUUGGAACUGGCUGGUCCACAAACAUUCCUAAUUACAACCCGCGUGAUAUUGUGGAAAAUGUACGCCGUUUGAUCCGUGGAGAACAACAAAAGUGUCUCGCGCCGUGGUACAAAAACUUUAGAGGGGAAAUCUUCCAAAUCGAUCCUUCACGUUUCGCCUGCUACGGGGAAGUUGCGGUUCUCGAUGACAACACCAUUGAGAUCACCGAGUUGCCAAUCAAAACGUGGACUCAAGACUAUAAGGAAAAAGUCUUAGAAGGACUGAUGGAAAGCUCUGAGAAGAAGCAGCCUGUAAUCACAGACUACAAAGAGUAUCAUACCGAUACGACCGUUCGAUUUGUUGUAAAGAUUGCGAAUGGAAAAAUGCGGGAACUUGAAGCUGAAGGACUUCAUCAAGUUUUCAAACUCCAAACUGUUAUUAAUACUACUUGCAUGGUCCUGUUUGAUGCUGCAGGUUGCUUGCGAACGUAUACGUCACCAGAAGAGAUCACACACGAAUUCUUUGAGUGCCGUCGUCAGAAAUACAUUGAGCGUAAAGAAUACAUGGUUGGCGUUCUUUCUGCGCAGAGUCGAAGACUCACUAAUCAAGCACGAUUCAUUGUUGCAAAAAUUAAAGGAGAAAUUGUUCUUGAAAACAAAAAGAAAGCGAACAUUGUUGAUACUCUUAUCAAAAUGAAAUUUGACCCUGAUCCGGUUAAGAAAUGGAAGGAAGAGCAAAAGUUGAAGGAACUCCGGGAAAGUGGAGAAAUCGAACUCGAUGAAGAUGAGCAAGCCACUGGAGAAGAUGAAGAAGAACUGAGUGAUAAAGACAAAAGUGUUGAGACAAAGCUUUCUGAUUAUGAUUACCUCGUCGGUAUGGCUUUGAUCAAACUUUCCGAGGAGGAGAAGAACAAGCUUCUCAAGGAGAGUGACGACAAAAUGGCCGAAGUCAAAAACUUAGAGGCCAAAUCUUGGCAAGACUUGUGGAAUGAAGAUCUUGAGAACUUCCUUAAAGAAUUGGAGAAGCAAGAAGCCAAAGAGAAAGCUGAAAUCGAGGCUAGUGUGAAAAAUGCUGCCAAGAAGUUUGCUGCCGAUGCGAAGGGUGGACGUGCGAAGAAGGCUAUUGCGGUAGAGGUUCUUCCAUCCAAAGACGGAGUUCGAAUUGAACCAAAACUCGACGCGGCUACCAAAGCCAAAUAUGAAAAGAUGAGCCAACCAAAGAAGGAACGCGUAAAAAAGGAACCCAAAGAGCCUAAAGAAGCUAAAAUAAAGAAGGAGGGACAAGAUAUUAAGAAGUUUAUGUCACCGGUUGUAAAGAAAGAGAAGAAAAAGAAGGACGAAUGGAAUUCUGAUGAGGAGAGCGAAGAAAGUGAUGUCGAGUUUAUGGAAGAGAGCGCCUUUGAUGAGGAUGGUGGUGAUGAAGUUGAAGAAGUUAUCCCAAAAGGCAAAAAUCGCGCUGAGAAGGGCGUCCCAAAACGAAUCAGCGAUUCGUCCAAAGAAAACGCUGACGCAGUUGUUAUCCUUGCCGACGACGACAAACCGGCCCCAAAGGCGAAACUCGCGAAAAAUGUCGACGAUGAUGAUGAUAUCGUUAUGGAGGAUUCUGAUGGCGAGAAGCCGAAAAAAGCUCCAGCUCAAAAGAGAAAAAAGGAUGUGUUUGAUCUUUCUGAUGAUGAUAACGAAGGGCCACCGGCAAAGAAAGCUGCGCCUAAAAAGAAUCCGGUAAGCAAGAAGCCUUCAGGAUCGAAAAAGACGAUGGAUGAUUUCUUCAAGAAUUCUCCAAAGAAGGCUCAGAAAAAGAAGAAGCAGGUUUCUGACGACGACGACGAUGAUGACAUCAAGGAAAUCAGCGACUCUUCCCCACCGCCACCGCCACGCGAGAGAAGUGGACGCGCCCGGAAGGCCACCAAGUACACGAUUGAGUCCGACGACGAGUCUGAUGACGAAAGCUUUGCUAUGAAAAAGGGAAAGAAAAAGGCGCAAAUCGAUAGUGAUUCUGAUUAA